CCAGUAAACACAUCCAGGAUUGGGAAUUCUGGGAGCGACAGAAGACGCAGCCGUGGCGGGGUACAGCCAGUGCACCACUGAAGUUGACAGUUUAAUACUCGUCUGGCCUUGUCGAUCGGGUGUGGAGAGGUUCAUCAACAUCUGUAUGUGUUUUGGAAGAAGAAACUCGAAUAUAAAGGCCGCUCUCUCGCUGCUCAGUCCUGCUGACCUGCUGAGUCAAACGGACAAGCUCUUCCUGAAGCAUCUGACCUCCUCCAGCAUGCAUCACUACCUGGUCGUCCUGCUGGUGCUGUCUCUGUCAUCCUGCCAGGCCAGUGGCCCGCCGGUGGCACCCCAGCAGGUGGGCCUGGAGGCAGACCAAGACGCCCAGUGCCUCUCCAUCACCUGGGGAGGGCCAAACGCCCCCCACUACGACAUCCUGAUCUGGCGCUCUGAGUUCAUGGUCACCGUGUUCAACGAAACGGUGGAGGCAAAGCCAGACGCGGACGGAAGGUUCCGGUGGAACUGGACCUCAGAGGAACCGCUGGAGUGCACGUCACUGUCGGUCACUGUGCGCGCUCGCUCCGCUGACGAGAUCAGCGACUGGAGCCGUCCUGAGAUCCUGGCAGGUAUGGACGUCCCUAGCAAAGCCCAUGCCCAGAUGUAUCCAUCGAGCCGAGUCGUCAAGGUGGGCAGCAACACCACCUUCUGCUGCAUCAUCGCCGAGGGCGACAGCUUUGGCAUGAUCAGCUAUCAUGCCAGGGACAUGGACUUCACCCGCCUGAGUCGGCGGAGCUAUGCUACCACCCGGACCAAUCAGGGCCCUUCCGCUACCUCUGGCACCAAUGUGGUGUGUAGCAACUCCAAAACCAUAGUUACCGGAGCCGUCAUGUUUGUGGGAUACCCCCCCCAGCCCAGUGACCUGCUGUGUGAGACUCAUGACCUGCGGACAGCAGAAUGCCAGUGGAGCGCCGGGCCAGACACACACCUGACCGGCAUCAAGCGCCGAACCUAUUACGCCCUCAACGGCAGGAACUGCAGCCUGGCAGGCGGGAUGUUGUGUGGGCUGGAGGAGUGGGAGGGCAGCUGGACCCUGGAGGCCUGGAACCAGCUGGGCCGGGCCAGGCUGACAGACAGCGCGGAGAUGAGCCACAGAGUGCGUCCGUUGUCGGCGUUGAGCUUGGUCGCCACGGUGAUCCACCCCUGGAACGCCACGCUGCAGUGGGCGUGGCCUAACCAGACCUACGCCUCCCUGUCGCUCAUCUGUCAGGUCCAGCUCAUCUCUCACUGGCACCCGAGCACGCAAACGUUCACAGGGGCAGGUCUGGACAGGGCCGUGCUCUCAGGGCUGCAGCCUGAUGAGGAGUACCGUUGCAGGAUCCGCUGUGGCUCCCAGAGAAACUUCUGGAAGUGGAGCGGCUGGAGCCCCUACCUCACCUUCACCACCAGCAUGGACCGCCCUGAUGCUCCUGAUGUGUGGGUGUGGAUGGACAGCAACAGCACUGGACGCAUCAUCUGGAAGCCCCUGACCAAGAGAGAGAGCCACGGCCAGCUGAGCAGCUACGAGGUGACCCUGUGGAGCUCGGAGGAGAACCGCCAGAGGAGCCACGUCCUGCCCCAGAGAACCCACAGCCAGGCCUUCUCCCUGGGCAGCCCCGCUGCCGGGGUCAGGGUCACCAUCACCGCCACCAACGCCGCCGGGGUGUCCCCCCCGGCCACCCUGGGGAUCCCCGACUACCUGGGAGACGUGGAGGUGUCUGUCUCCCGUGCCGAGGCCAGCCAGGCGGGCUUCCCCCUGUCCUGGACGCCCCCAGACAACACCAGCUGUGACUACCUGCUGGAGUGGCACAACACCAGCUGCUCACAACCCUGUGCCCUGGACUGGACCCGCCUUCCAGCUGGAGCCACCAACACCACCAUCCUGUCAGACACAGACUGGUUCCAGCCAGGAGUGAGAUACACCUUCUCUCUGUACUCCUGCCCUUCCCAACACCCCACCCUGCACCAGCGCUGGGAGGCCUACAUGCAGGAGCAGGCCCCCUCCAGGCCGUCCCCCCACGUUUCGUCCAAUCAGCAGGGCUCUGGCGUGCUGCUGACCUGGGAGGAGGUUCUUCUGGAGCACCAGAGAGGGUUCCUGCUGGGGUAUCGAGUCUACCUGGCCAACGCCUCCAGACUCUCUCUGAUAGCCAACAUCACUGACCCCAGCCAGAGGAAUUACACGGUGACCAAGCUUCCUGUUGGCUCCUACAAGUUCACCGUCAAGUCGUACAACUCUGCCGGGGAGGACGGUGGAUCCCCGGCCUUUAUCUCCCUGGAUCCCUACACUGAUUGGCUCAUCCUGGAGAUCCUGGUUGCCCUGGGAACCAUGGCGUGCUUCCUGGCUGUCGUCACGACUCUGUGUUACAGGAAGAGGAAGUGGGUGAAGACAGCUUUCUACCCAGACAUCCCUGAGCCCAGCCUGCCUGGUGAUUGGUCCAUGCCUCAGGGGACUCUGGACCUGAAGCCAUCUCCUCACAGCAUGGUUCACAUCCUGGAGAACCCAGAGUGGGACUCCAAGGAGGCGCUGGUGACUGUCCCUGAGGAGGAGGAGGAGGAGGGCAGCGCUCCAGCCGACACCGACGAGCCCUCCGCCCUGCGCUACUACAACCAGGUGGUGGACCAGGGGAUGCCACGGCAACGCCCUGCCCACCUCCCAGACUCCUCAGCGUCCUCGGGCAGCUCUGUUGACUCGGCCCGCACUGACGUCACCUACACUGGCAUCCAGGCCUCUGCCCCAGCCCCCCAGCCCCAGCCUCCCACCGGGGGCUACCGGCCUCAGAUGCACCCGGCCUCGCCCCCGGCCUCGCCCCCGGCCUCUGUGGAGCAGGAGCAGGUUGGUGCAGAGGGGCCCUUCGGGGGCUACAAGCCCCAGUGCUCCUGGAAGAUGGAGUCCCCUGAGGAGGGCCUGGCUCCCUCCCUGGGAAGCCCCACCUCCGUCACCUCCGUCACCUCCUCUCAGUUCCUGCUGCCCGACCCCGACCACCAGGUCAAAGGUCAAACCUCUUGGUUCCACAGCCUGCUGUCAGGCAAGCCCUGAUGAUGUCACCCUCCGCUCCAUGAUGUCACUAGCUGGAUGAUGAUGUCACCAGUCCGGCUGACAGUCAAGAUCCUCACUGCCUUCCUUCACACACACACACACACGCACACACACCUCUCAAGGGCAUUAGUGAUGUUAACUGUUUGUUUUCAUUAUUUGAAUGCUUGUUUACGUGUUUUUGGGAUUGGACACUUACCAAACAAACCCUCCGAAGAGCGCUGACUAGCAGAGCUCACCUCUCUCGUGGUCUAGACACCCGGGGAGAAGAGGCGUGACGGAGCUACGAGCCGCGACAGAGCCCACAUGCUACUGAAAACAACCCAGGAACAGAGACACUGAAGGGGGUUCACCUUCACUAGGAGAAUCACCGAGACACACACCAAGUAAACACAGUCACUGCUCUCAACAUGAACACAGAUGUACACUACUAGCAACACAACAAGUAUUCAUGACACCCUGCUGUGGUUGUCAUACUUAGGAAUCUGUCAAGAUGUAGACAGUUCUUCUCUGACUGAUAUAAGAUAGUAAAAUAAGAAAUUGUGUAUUUGUUUUUAUGUUGUUUUCUUAGUUGUAUAAUUGUUGUGUGUCAUAUAUUUUCUACUCAUAUCACCAUGGUAAAUAUCAACUACUGGCCAGAUAAACCCUUUUUUGUUUGUUUUUGCAUUUUGUGAUUUAUCAUCUCAGAUUUCCAUUGUUGCCCAAUCUACCUGUGGAUUAUUGAUUGUUCUACAGCCUUGCACCAAAUACUUCACCGUCAUGCCCUUGUCAUGGUCGUGAGGUGAUUGUGAAACGUAUUUAAUCGUUGCCUUGUUCAAACAUGGUAUGCUUCCAACCGAGUUCAGUGUCCAAGCGGACUGUUUUGCUGUCUUGUGUUUGACAAGUACGCUGCAGAAAUACUUGAGAUCAUGCACCUCUUUAGAGAGUGGACUCCUAUGCAUUUGGGAGUGACAAUCGUGGGAUUGAACAAAUCAGAUCAUUUUAAUUGUUAAUCAUGAGCCGAGAACAGAGAUUAGAAUUACUACAUUUUUCUUUAUGGUUUAAAGUGCCGCACCGCCAGAUGAUGUUACUGUGAAGACGUGACAAGCACACUAGACAACAGUCUCGCACCGGAACCCGGUUGAUCAGCAUUAGUUGCCGUGUUUUGCAGUAGGUUUCACGUUUGCAAUAAUCUGGUAGGUUUAGUGCUUGUGUGAGUAGUUAGGCUAGAUAAUUAGCGCGUAGCUUUCAGGAGGCCGUUCACUAGCUCGUCGUCAUAGUUACGGCCACUGUCAGGGCUGAGUCUAAAGCGGUUUCUUCCUCCCCCCUUUCUCCUCUUCCUCUCUCGCGCCCGCUGGAAGUUAUUCAAUUGAGGCAGUAUAAAAUGUGACACGUAGGGUUGUGAUGGUCGGACGUCUAGUGUCAGAAAAGUGAGGAGGAGGCUGCUUGGAACUCAUUGUAGGCACCCUGACAUUAAACUCAGCAUUAAUGCCGUAUUAUUCAUUUUUCAGAUCCUCUCCAGCAAAGAAGCUUUAAACACUACUGUGAUGUGAAUAGGCCGACAUUAUCUGUACAGUAGCACGAUUAAAUGGCUUUAAUGAAAAGACGCCUGUAUAUUAUAUCCCUUCCUUUUGAGGUCCUCGACAACAACGAAGUCUUUGGAGACUAACAUUUGAAUGCUGUGUGUUAAUAUGCUUAUUUUGUUGAUAUGGUCAUCAACUAUGGUCAACAAUAUUUUUUUUAUAUCAAUGUAAGCCUUUUUUCACGUAUAUCACUGCAACCGCAGCCCUUUAUUAUGUCAUUUGUCCUCCGUUUCCCUGCCUACAUACAACCCUAGUAGCUGUUUAGUUUUUAACAGAGAUAAUCAAUCUUGAUCGGAAGAAUUUGUAACUUUUACUGACUUGUGUCAAACUGAAUUAAACCUUUUACGGUUAUUGUAGCAUUGAUAGAGCAACACGAUCAACACGCUUUCAGGCACUCUUGUCGUAGAGCUAGCGGUUUUGUAUUAGUACUGUAGCUUAACUACUUGUCUAGGCUAUUCUAUGGCUAUAUGGUUGGUUAUGGUUGUUGUGAUAUAUGCCUUGCCUAGACUCAUCUGCAUUUGCCUGAUCUGGUUGUAUGCUGUUAUUGUAGCAUGUUAUAUGAACAUUUAACUAUUUGAAAGUGCAAAAGUAUACGUAUAAACGUUUAAAAUCACGUAUAGGCUACUGCUUGGCAAAUAACACUAACGUUGACGUGCAUUAUUAAGACUUAAGGCUUUAUUGACAAGUGUGAUGCUGUUAAAACAAAACAACACUGAAUUAUGCUUGGUAGCUAUCAUUUUGUGACGUAUUUACAGUGAUGUUUCUCCUCAUUAGGAGAAAUAUUAAAUAUUAUUUAAUAUCUCCUCAUUAGGAGAAAUAAGAGUAUUUUUUUCCGGUGAAUGGUUUGUCAAGAAAACACUAUGUAAACACUGCUGCUUAUUGCAAUAAUAUUACACCAGUUUUAUGCAAUAAAGUUACAAACUCCAGUU